AUGGCGCGCGACGACUUUGACCGCCGUCGCCUUCGUGCUCUUUACGACCGCAACCGCCGUCGUGUCUCGGCGCUGGCAGACGCGCGUGCCCGCCGCCGCGGUGGUGAGGACGACUACUCUGUGCCGCGCCGCUAUGUCGUGAGCGAAUGCCGGACCCGAAUUGAGGGCUUUGGACGUGGUGGUACUCAGGUGCGCCGCGUGGUGCGCCGUGCGCGUGGUGACCGCUCUGAUGAGUCGCGCCGGUUCAGCGGCCGUGGCAUCUUCCGAAGCAGCGGUGGUAGCCGCUUCCGCCGUGCUGACGACUUCGAGCGUGAGGAGCGCCGCGCGCGGUUCCUGGAGGAGCGUGUGCGACGCCUCGGCGGACGGCAUGCGGAGGGUCGCCACUUCGGUGUGGCGCGUCGUAUGCGCCUGCGGAUGCGCGGCACCCACGGUGGUCGUGGUAACCGCCACCUCCAAGAGAGUUCUCGUCCGAACAACGGCAACAGCCAUGGCAACCGCGGCAGUAACGCGCAGUCCAACCAGGUGCGCAGCAGCAAAAAGCCUCAGCGUAGCCGCGAACCUCAGAUCACUCGGGAGGAGUUGGACCGUCAGCUGGACAACUACCGUAAUUAG